UUAGAAAGAUAUUGAUAUUCAACAACCCCACUCACUACUCACUAGUAUAUAAAUUAAAACCACCUCAACUCCCCACUUCCACCAUUCCCCACCACCGCCAUGGCCGACCACCCUCCCUCCGCCGCCGUGCUCGAGCGCUGCACCAUCCAGCCGCCGCCGCACGCUGCGGAGCUAACCCUCCCCCUCGUCCACUUCGACAUCAAAUGGCUCCACUUCCACGCCGUCCACCGCCUCAUCUUCUUCGACCUCCGCUGCUCCAAAUCCCAUUUCCUCCAAUCCAUUCUUCCCCAAUUCAAACAAUCCCUAAUCCAAACCCUAUCCCACUUCCUCCCCCUCGCCGGAAAAAUCGUCCGCCCCCUCAACUCCGGCCGCCGCCCCUACUCCCGAUUCGCCGCCGGCGACUCGGUCUCCCUCACCGUUGCCGAGUCCGAUCUCGACUUCGCCGAACUCACCGGAAACCAUCCCCGCGCCGCCGACGACUUCUACGCCUGCGUCCCCCGCCUCCCGCCGGCGGAGCGCACCUCCGACAACGACGUCGUUUUGCCCGUCCUAGCUCUGCAGAUGACGCUGUUCCCCGAUCACGGCGUCUGCUUGGGGUUCACCAACCACCACGCCAUCGGCGACGCCAGCUCCGUCGUCCGAUUCAUCAAAGCGUGGGCCACCGUGAGCAAACACGGCGGCGACGCGAAGCUGAUCGGAGAGAACCCGCAGCUGCUACCGUCUUUCGACAGAGCCGCCGUGGCGGAUCCCGACGGUCUCGAUUCAUACUACUGGAACCUAAUGAAACAAUCACGCGCCGUCGAGUCGCCGCCGGUAUCCUUCCCUCUGAACAAGCACCGCGCCACCUUCGUCCUCACCGCCGACGACGUGCAGAGGCUUAAGCACCACGUGCAGUUUAAGAGUAGUCGGCCGGAGCUGCGGGCGACGUCGUUCACUGUCGCCUGCGCAUUCGUCUGGGUCUGCCUGGCAAGGGCCGAGGAGGCGGCGGCUGACGACGACGAAACAGAGUAUUUAUGCUUUGCAGCGGACUGCCGCGGGCGGCUGCAGCCGCCGCUGCCGGCAGCGUACUUUGGCAACUGCCUGGCGCUCGUGAAGGUGGAGACGGCGCACGGGGUGCUGAGGGGCGGUGGAGGGGUUGCGGCGGCGGCGACGAGCAUCGCGGAGGCGAUAGAGAAGACGGUGAACAACGAGAAGGGGAUUCUGGAGGGGGCAGAGGAGUGGCCGAAGGAGUUCGGGAAAAUGAUCGGGAAGCGGCUGUUCGGGGUGGCGGGGUCGCCGAGAUUCGAUCUCUACGACGUCGACUACGGGUGGGGGCGACCGAGGAAGUUUGAGUCGCCGUCGAUCGACAGCGACACGUCGAUGUCGCUGUGCAAGUCGAGGGAUUUUGAAGGAGGGUUGGAGAUUGGACUGUCGAGACCUAUCCAAGUAUUGGAUGCAUUUGCAGCCGUCUUUUAUCAAUCACUAAAGAAUUUGUAGAGAUUCUCUUUGAAAUAUGUCUUUUUCAAUCACACGAGAUCUUCUAUAUUCAUCGUAAUUUUUUUAUGUUACGUGUGCUUUUUAUUUCUCUAAGUUUCUAACUAAUAGGUUGGGGUUCGAGUCACCAUAGGAGCUAGAGUGUGAGUGAAUUUUUUCAUUUCUUUGAGUGUAACAAUUUUUAAAAAAAAAUGAAGUUCCGUUUCUCUUUUGCA